AUGAACAGUGACAGUAAUUUCAUUUUGAAUCAGAUUCGUCAGAGACACGAAAAUCAUGUAGAUACCAUAAACGCGGUCGGUGAGAAUUCGCAUGCCGCUCAAAUCAAGAUGCGUGCUCUUCUGGUAGCCCUGCUGGGAGUUUCUAUGUCGGCGUGCGCUUUUGCCUCGCAGCCAGUCGAGUUAGAGUUGGACGACGAUGACGUCACGCAAAAAUUGAGUAACGUCAGUUUCGCUAGAAGAAUUACGAAGCCCACGAUCCGGCUUGUUAUUGGAAAUGGAAAAUCCAGUGCAUUUCUGACGGCAGUGACAUCCUUGCUUUUACUUAUCGCUGUGAUGUCGAAGCAAUCGUGGUGGCGUCGCGGUGCUCGAUGGCUUGCAGCACCGGCUCUAUUGGUAGUCGCUUUAGAAGCUGCUUCAGAUGCGAGCGACGCGUUAUUGGCUGCGGUACUACGGGGUUCCGCUGAACCAGCCAAAAUUGCCCUACAGACUAUUGGUGCAGGCUUACUUGUCACGGUCGAAAUACUGGUUUGGUACUUUAUAGCUAAAUUUUUUGAAUACAGUCCACCGCCCUUAGUCGAAGACAAAGACAGAGAAACUGUAAAGGCAUCGCCAGAAUCACAAUGAAGCUUUUUUUAUU